UUCAAAACAAACGAAAUGGCGGCGGCUGUAAGAUGGAAUCUGCUGCAGUUUUUACGCUCUCAGGCCGCUUCGCCUCCGAUUAGGUUUUCAGUGAAAGACAGAAGUCAGUGCUACUCCCUCUGGUUAGCCCAGAAGCACAGAAUACAACUUCAGCAGUCAGAGAACAAACAAAUCUUAGUGCGAUGUCUGUCUAUUUUGACACAAGACACACCAAACCCCAGGAGUUUAAAGUUUCUUCCUGGGAAGCCUGUGCUGGGGACAGGAACGCUAGAUUUCCCAACCUUAAGUUCUGCAGAGUGUUCAUCUUUAGCAAAGAAUCUUUUUCAGGUUGAAGGGGUGAAAAGUGUGUUUUUUGGCCCAGAUUUCAUUACGCUGACCAAGAUAGAUGAUGAUGUGGAGUGGACAGACAUUAAAUGCCAUGCAGUUGAGGUCAUCACUAAGUUUUUUGAGAGUGGAGAACCUGUCACAACCGGAGUGACGCAUCCUGAGAACAGUGUCUCAGAAGAGGAUGAUGACAUUGUUUCUAUGAUUAAAGAGCUUUUAGACACACGAAUCAGGCCCACUGUACAGGAGGAUGGUGGUGAUGUCAUCUUUAAGGGCUUUGAAGAUGGCACAGUGAAGCUGAAGCUGGUUGGCUCCUGCACAGGAUGUCCCAGUUCAACAGUUACGUUGAGAAACGGCAUUCAGAACAUGCUGCAGUUCUACAUUCCAGAAGUGGACGAUGUGGAACAAGUGGAAGAUGAAGUGGAUGAAAUCAAUAUGAAAGUGUUCACAGAAGUGGAGCAGAAAUUAAAAGACUCGUAGCAUCACACAUCAUUCUGUGAGCAUGCAUAUAGAGCAAGAUAAUGACACAGACUGCAACCAGUUACAACCAGCUGCAAAUGUAUUCAGACUUCUGUAAAGGUUUCAAGUUUCUUCUAUAUUGCAACUUAGACAUUAGCACAUUUUUCCAUGCUUCUAGGAUGGAAUACUGUUACAUAUAUAUAAUUUGCAUAACUGCAUACUGUAGUGCUUGUGUGCAAUAUCUUUUUUUAUGAAGCUUUACAGUUUCCAGACAGCUUGUCUUGAAUGCUUGUCUUUGGGAGAUUAGAAAUUGUAUUGCAUGCGGCAAACCGAUACACAAGUGUGAAAUCUAUAAGUGGUUAUAGAACAAGUGGUUCUCAAACCCCCACAUGGUCCAUGUUUUACCUAAUUUCAGCUCCACAUCUGAACCAACCCAUUAGAAAAUGCAGAAAACCUGUUUCAGGUUAAUUGGGAGCUGGGUUAGAGCAAACAUUUGGACCCUGAGGACAGGUUUGAGACAUCUAAUCUAGACUAUAGAUGACAGACUUUUAGGUUAAAGAGCAUAAAUUGCACAAUUCAGAGGGACUGAGUUUUAAUUAUUUUUAGUUUUUGGUCUGUAUUAGCAAAUUCAUUUCUUUGUGUGCAGAAGUUUAGACUCAUUUAAAUAAAUAUUUUCAGACAUGGUAGAAACAAAUGGUUAAAUUUAGUGUAGUAGCCUUCAAAAAGUGUCUCUGCAGUUGUUCACUGUGAAGUAAUGUCAACUUAAAAUGUGUAAAUAAAAUACAGUCUAAGAAUCACA